AUUUCAUAUAUCUGAGUAAGAUGACAGAUUACCUGAGGGCUGUGAUUGAAACCCAACUAAUUGGAGCAUUUAGAGUGGCAAUAACAAUGCCUUUAGAACAUGUUUUAGAUAGAAUCAAGACAUACAAAUAGUCAAGAUAAGGAAUAACAUAUUUAUAAGUAUAUAUAUAAUUAUAGUAUUUAAGAGUUUUAGAGAAAUAAAGGGUGCACGAGGAUAUAUGGGAUUGUAUGAUGGUUUCUAUCCAAGUUUUCUUAGAAACAUGUUUAAAUAAUACUAUAGAUGGCCGAUGAUGAUAUUUAUUCCAUCAUUUCUAAAAGAGCAUAUUCAUAAUUGUUCUUUAAACAAGAUUUUAACAGGAAUAUCAAUAGGUAUGUUCGAGAGUUGUUUGAUAACACCUUUUGAGAGAUUAAAGACAUUAAAAAUGACAACGAUGUCGACUGGAUUUGGAUAUUUGAAAUACAUAAAUUUAGAAUCAAUAUAUGUAGGAUUUCGGAUUCAGACUGCAAGAUAAGUAGUAUCAUGGACAAAUUAUUUAUAUUGGGAUCAUAAAAUUAGAUAUGCAUUAAAGGAAGAUCCAUCAUAAAAAUUAAGUGUAGUGAAUGUAUUAAUAGCUUCAACUGUUUCAAGUGUGUUGAAUAUAAUGGCAGGUUAAAUAUCAAUAUUAAUUCAUAGUACAUCCAAUUGAUACAUUAAAGACAUUAGUACAAAUGGAAUCAAAUAAAGUUUAUAGAUCAAUUUCAUUGAUGUAAGCGUUUCAGUUGUUAUUUUAAUAACAUGGUCUAUCUGGUCUAUAUGCAGGUUGGCAAGCAAGAAUAAUAGCAUACUUUUGUUAGGCUACUUUAACAACUCCAACAAUAGAUUAUUUAGAAAGACAUUAUGGAAUAGCAAAAAGAAAUGAUAAAUGAUUUUAUG